GCAGAGUAAAAUUGAUUGCCGAAAAGAUGCGAUAUCUCGACCACAGCUGACUAACGAGAGGCAGUUAUUGGCAAAGAAGAAGGCGACACGAACACACCCACUCCAGCGCCGAUUCAGUCGACACAUCCAUCAGAGAAGUCCAGAGAGAUGAGCAACGCCGACGACUCAGCGAGAGCCGAAGCCCAGCCGAGGGACGGGCGCGAUGGUGGGAACCAAGGCUUGGCCAACACGACGGAGAACAGGGGCGCAGGGGAGGAGGAACCUGCGAAGAACGGGUGUCUUACCGCAUACACGGCCGUGGACAGACUCAGCGAAUGCUACCCAAUGAACCAUCGGCCGCGGGGCGUUGCUCUCAUCUUCGCUCACUCCGAGUUCGAUAAUAAUCUCAAACCGCGACCCAGUGCCGCCCACGACGCCGAGCUCGCGAGAGGCGCCUUCGAGGCCCUCGAGUUCCAGCCUGAGGUGUUCUUGGACCUCACGAGGAACGAGCUCGUGGGGAAACUGCGCGAAGUUUCUAAGCGCGACCACAGCAGCUACGACGCCCUUGCUGUAGUAUUCAUGAGCCAUGGCGAGCUAGACAGUAACAAUGAGGAAUUCUUGAUGGCCAAAGACGGCAAGAUUCCUACCAAGGACCUGUGGAAAAACUUCACGGCUGAUCAGUGCAUAAGUCUAGCCGGCAAACCUAAGCUGUUCUUCAUUCAGGCAUGCAGGGGCCUCGACGUGGAUAAGGGCGUGAAAAUAUCUCGUGGCGUGGCGGAUCAGAUGGACGGCACCGAGGAUUUCGUGAUUCCCAACCAAGCUGACCAGCUUGUUAUGUGGGCUUCCUACCCAGGAUUCCCGGCCUUCACGAGUCAACGCGAGGGAAUCCAAGGAAGUGUCUUCAUCCACUUCCUGGCCGAGAACCUCAGGAAUUAUGCCUUAUCUUCUCCACGACCAAGUCUAUCUUCCAUUCUUUUCAAAGUCAGCAGGGAAGUGGCAGUCCUCUACGAAUCCGCCAUGGAUCAUGAUAAAUUUCACAAAAAUAAACAAGUUCCUUACAUGCACUCGACGCUGCUUCGUGAAAUUUGCUUCUAAGGGGAUGAUUUCUUUACAGUGCGAGACCCUUUGCAUUACUCUUUUGUCUGUGUUUUUCUCAUCAUUUCAGUGAUUUUAAAGGAUAGAUAACCUUUGCCUCUUUGGUUUCUGAUUGUCCGAUGGUUGUAAAAUGUUGUGAGUUUCUCUCUAACAUUUUACUGUUGUCAUCAAGGUUCUUGUCAGUACUUUUAUUAGCUAACAAAUAAAUGAGAUCUGUAGUUUUUUCUCUCAUGUUCAAAAACAGCACUUUCGUUAAUUCAAUCAAUUUUCGCUCGUAUUAUAAGGUUGCCAAUCCGUUUUUACCAAGUGCCAUUUCAGACUACUGAAAAGUACCAGAUCAGCACAAAACUUACAAAAGUUGUGAAAAUCAAAUAAUUUACUUGAGACCUUCCAUAGAUAAUGUCGAUGAAAAUUUCUUGUCCAUUUUAUCCACUAGUUGCCGGGAGGAUUGCCAACGUGUACAUUUCACACAAAGUAACAGAUUAGCUCUUCAUUCCCAGGCUCGCUCUCCCACAUGAGCAUACGCUGCUGCCUCACACACACACACACACACACACACACACACACACACACACACACACACACACACACUCACUCACACACACACACACACACACACACACACACACACACCACACACACACACACACACACACACACACACACACACACACACGCACACACACACGCACGCACACACACACACGGGUAUCAUAACAAUAGCCAACACUACCUAAAAUCAAGAUCGAGUAAAAAUUUCUCGUUAUUUCACUUAUGGGGAGAGUGAUACAUUACUGCGCGACUGAAUGACUGCGACGUGAAAAGGCUUCCUCCCUCCGUACUACAUACGUGUUCUUUCGUGUUUCCUUCAUAUCACAUACAUAUAUCCUACACUAUACUCAAGAGGAUAUGAAGCAAAUGCCACGUUAAAAAUAUGGUGAACAAGCACAAAAUGCAGUUAUAGAAACAAGAAACACUAAGACAUGGGGGAGGGGGGAGUGCGGAGGAACAAAAAAUCGUUAUGUGCAAAGAGAGGAGAGGGUACGAACACGUGGUGGACUAACUGAAGUAAAAAUUGCGACUGUAUUAUGUCACUCGAAUACAAUGGAUGAUACUACAAAUAAUGUGCCCCUCCUGGAACAAGAUAUAAACUCGGGUAGCAGGUAGAAAGAGCUAAGAGUGAUAUAUAGAGCUUUUAGAGAACGCUGGGGAUACAGAAAAGCUCUGCAAUGGGUACCUUUCCAACCACAGAAAUAAUUCCUUGAUAACCACCAAAGAAGUGACCGGAUAAGACUCCAUAAUAAAAUGACGCUUACCUAUGGAGAAUAGCGAAAGGGUCCGGAGGGCUGUAGUGAUGGUCAUUUGAUGGUCUCAUCCUGGUAAGCCCGUUUUGAAGUAAUUUGGUGUAUCAUCUUUUUGGGAUACAAUGGGUAGGGACGAGCUGUGGUUAGUAAGGACAAUAUUAAUUUCAUUUAUUUAGGAUUGCAUGAAACUACGUAAUGGAACAACUCAUGUAAAAGAUUUUAUAAUGUUUGAAUGAUGAUGAUUAUUAUUAUUCUUUUUUUUCUUUUUUUUUAAGUAAUCAGAUAAUUUCAAGGAACUGCGAGAGCGUUGAGUACUGACGAAACCUGUUAAUUCCCGAAAGAGCAUAAAAUUAAUUUCAUGUUUGUAUUAAUUAAUUUUCAUUUCAAGUGUGUGCUAAUUAACUUUCUCUUUGGAUGUAUAAUUGAUGUAUUCACUGAGAAUAUUGAUAUACUUUUAUAUUUGUUUCACAUAGAUUUGGUAACGAUUAUUUACUUGACAUGUAAGCCAUUUCAUUUACAAAAAUGUAUGUUUUAAUCUUUUGAUUUAUUUGUUUGUACGAAGAAUUCUAUUAAUUUCUUAGUAUAUGAUUUAUUCACUAUAAGUAAUACAUGCAUUAAUCUUAUAUCUGCCUAACUGAAUAAAAAAUAAUACAUUUUGA